AUGCUCUUUGAGAUCCUUCAGACCAGGAUCAUGGUGAAGAAGGCACUGAAGGAACUCCAAAAGCCCGGAGCAUCUGCCGAGGCUCGCGCUCGACUGCUGGAUGCCAGACAAUUUGGCUUGAAGAUGAUUGCCAAUGUGACCUACGGCUAUACCGGCGCCUCUUUCAGUGGCCGGAUGCCUUGUGUGGACUUGGCGGAUGCCAUCGUGCAGACGGCCAGGCGCACCUUGGAGCGCGCCAUCCGUUGGGUGGAGCAACACAUCCCCCGCGCCGAGGUCCUUUAUGGGGACACCGACUCCAUGUUCGUCCGCCUACCUGGGCAUUCAAAGGAGGAGGCUUUCCAGGUGGGCGCCAAGAUUGCUCAGGAGGUGACGAAGCAGAACCCCCGGCCGGUAGAGCUGCAGAUGGAGAAGGUCUAUUGGCCCUGCUGCCUGGUGUCAAAGAAGCGCUAUGUGGGUCAUGCCUGGUCAUCCCCGAACGAUGUGGCUCCCGUCUUCGAUGCCAAGGGCAUUGAAACCAUUCGCAGAGAUCAGUGUGCGGCCACGCAGCACCUGAUGCGAGGUGCUUUGGAGAACUUCUUCGAGUCGAAGGGGAACUUGUCUCAGCUGAAGCAGUUCAUUCGGCGGCAUGUGGAUAGGAUCCGCGAGGGCCGGUUCACGGUGAAGGACUUCAUUUUCCAUCACGAGGUCAGGGCCCCUGAUGAGUACAAGGGCCAGGGCCCUUUAGCUGCUCAGGCCGUGCGCCGCAGCGGCCUUCCUUGGCCUUCGCCGGGCGAACGGUGGGAGAACAUGGCGGAGAGAGGUUUCAGUCCCGAUCAUGUUACACCUCCGGAGACCAGCAGAGCACCCAUCAUCUUCAGUCCAAACAUGGCCCAGCUGGAAUUUGCCGUGGGCUGCACAUGCGGCAGUUUGCUAGGCUUUGGCCUCUUUCGUCCUCUUAGCCGACGAAGAGCCACCGCCGGGCCCAAUGAGCGGUUCUGGGACGUGCUAUUGCUGCGGAUCGAGUCGGCUGAGCUGGGGCCAUUUCUCAUCUCGAUGACCUUUCAAUCCAUGGUCUACCCGCUGAGUAUCGCUUAUAGCUUUUACUCCCGGCACACUGCAGCUGUUGCUUGGGUCCCCAGCACAGGCAGCCUCUUUCAGGAGAAACUCUUUGGGCAGCGGCUCUUCCUGUAUCUCCUCUUCGGAUAUCUUUUGAAUGAUUUGCCUCGCUGCUGGGAUAACAUUCUUUUUCGACUCCACCACGGGGUGAGUUUGUUAGGCAUUUUGGUGCUGCUUCAGGCACCGGAAGGGGGCGCGCCGUUGACCUUGGCCAUCUUUGCCGCGGAGUGCGGGAGCUUGUUCUACAACGCUUGGUUGAUACACCCGAGCCUCGGGACCUCGGGCGGUGGGACCACCCGGAGGUCUCGCCUGGGACCUGGGUGCACUCGGAGGUCGAAAGCGAACGGAACAGGUCUGAGGGACGAAGGUCUUGGGAGGUCCAUGCUGAGGUCGUUUUCGAACAGGUCCAUGCUGAGGCUUCACGGGAUGGGCGCAUCUAUGCACGGCCAAUUGGCGCAGCUAUGCAGCGCCAAUGACUAUAGAGUACACAUGCAUAUGAGCUACGGUCAAGACAUGCGAAGAUCAAUUUGGUAAAGAGGGGUAGGUUUGUGCACAAAGCCCUGCAAAACCAUAGGGUCCACAUCAAAACCGAAAACCCAAGUGCGGUAUAUGAAUGCGGCGAACUCAAAACACUGCGUAAAACGAUAAGGUAGAAAAUCCAGACCGAUAACGUCCAGUUUUUAGUUGAAUUAAGGAUAAUAAUGAGUAUAUGUUUGUAUUAAAAGAAUGUCUCUCAGAUGUACACAUGAUAUUCAGAACAUUUCAGAACUGUCAGGAAAUCGAGGGUUUCAGCCAAUCGGAUCGCUCCCUUUCGUUCGAGUGUCACAUCGGUCGACCAGAUCGCGCUGCCUCCAUGGGCCUGGUGGACUGCCGGUGUUGACUGGGGGUUGACUGGGAAAGGCUGAUCCUCCAGUCCCGAGCUCGGAGAUUCCGACUCCCGGCACUCCGAGACUGUGUCGACUGGCCAUUGAGACCAUUGGUGGUUGAAUCACAAGGGUUGAGUCCUCAGACCGCCAGAGCUGUGUCAUUGGAUCAUCUCCAGGUCGGGUCGGUCGGUCAGGUCAUUCCUGCCUGGGGCCUGCGGUCUAGCCCACCGGCCAUACCGGUGCUUCGGUCUUCGACCUCAGGACGAUGCUCCACUUGCCGCGACACUUCCCCUGGUGGCCCAAAUCCGACGGUCUCAUCGACGUGGCCUAUCGCGUGGGGAUGACGGUCUCCAACAUCGUUUCUGGUUUCUUCCUGAUAGAUUGCUUACGAGCAAAUUGGGCAGAGCACAAGGCCUUCGCGAUCUUCUUUGC